AUGUGGGAAGACACCUUCACCGGCUUGUUCAAGUUUCGCGCACGGUACCUGGUGUACACAUCGGACCUUCCCGACGACGCCGUUGCUGGGCUCGUUGAGGCUCGCCGUGCGUCUGAAGGAAAGGGAACAAAUGGCAGUAUGAGCGACGCGAAGGCGGCUGCCGCCUCCAACCGAAGUCCUCCGUUGUCCAAGCGAGGCCAGAAAGCAGACUGCGACGAAGUGCUCCUCACAAACAAAAGGGAGGAUCUUGACGUUGUACUGAUCGUUAAGCCAAUCACCCUCCGCGUGGGCGCACAAGACGAUUCGUCAGCUAGGUGGAAAUAUGACGUUGGGCCACGGCUCAUCCAUUCAUUCGAUGCUAGUUCGGGUGAAUUCACUCCUGUAGAGCGUAAGGAGGCCAUUGCCAAGCGCGCGAGAACUCGGCUCCUGGAAACGGUUGCGCGCGGGUCACGUCGCGCCGAGGAAGUCGCUGCCGCCGACAGCGGCCAGCGUGCGAUGCAGAGCAGCGGUUGGCUGUUGCCGAAGCGAAGAGCGAAAGGGCCUGCUGCUGUCAAGGGUAGUGCCGACAGACGUGGCAGCAUCGCAGCUGCCGCAUCUGUGGGCGACACCGUAUCAGUCAGAGAACCCAGCGAGGGAGAGUCCUCAGAAGGGGAGGAACCUAAGUCCGAUGACCCGGAGUGGGAAAACGACGACCAAGGCAGCGACUACGCGAGCGACACCAGUAACUCCACCGACACGCGGAACCACAACGCGCUGGAAUUGCCGGUGAGGAAGUCGAGCCGACGCAAGAAAUCGCUCAGCCGAGAGUUUGACCAGGGUGUCGAUCCGUCCUGUGACGACAAGAUUCAGACGAGUCCUUCUUCACCUCCACUUGCAGUACCUGCUGUAACCCCACCCAUGCGCGAGACCUCACUGGUGCCUCAUAGGGAUGUGGAGCAACAAGCGCCUCUACCAAAACGAGCGCGGCGUCUAGCCAUGCCCCCCGUUGAAGGAACGCCAGCACUCAGUUCAACGCGUUCUGCAGAGCACCUCGCUUCCUCCUCAUCGGCUACCCCUCCGAUGGCGGGCGGCUCGGUUCAAGCACGAGCUGGAAGUAUGGGAGCAACACCUUCCUCGCCACCUCCGUCCGUAUCGCGCUGUUCGGCGGAAACCACACGGGAUGCAGGGGGAGCAACGGAAUCGAAAUACCGACGGUCGAUCGCGGGAACGAGAACAAGUGGACGCUCCGCCAAGGCUGCCGUGGACGGUGCGGAGAAUUCGGACUGCGCUCCCCAGCAAAUUCUAGUCGGUGACGACUACCAAGCCGACAUCCCAGACCUAUUGUCGGCAGAAGAGAGGAAGAAAGAGGCCGGACAUCCCGCUGCUGGGACAGGUGCCAAGAUGGUUUGGCGGAGUAUCCGCAAGUGGGAUCCGCAAUCCCGUCACAUGUUGUCGACGUAUCUACACGCGGCGAAGGACGUGGUUAAGGCCAAGCAAGCCUCCCCCGGCGUGGCUGUUCAUGUGCGCCUCGGCGAUGGCGGCAGCGAAAAAACCGGAGACGUUGAGGCGGGCACGACCAGUGUGGCCAGCAGCUACGCCGUGUGGGCGAUAACGGUCGGUCGCCACUCUGCUGGAGUGAUUCGAGUUGCGUGCUCAGAAAUGGCCCAAACGAAAGUCCCGAUACCUGCCAUCCAGAGAGUACAGAGCGAAGAACAGGCUCUGGCUGCCUUGGUCAAGGCUAGAUGCACCCUCGACGACUUCAAGCCCGCCCUGAAUGUCUUCGAUCAGGCAUCCAUGGAGAGCGUAGAUCCGUGGAAGCUGUCACAGGUGCGCUGCGCGUCGGUUACAAUUGUCUGCAAGAUUUCCCCCACAUCUGCCUGCGGGCGUGUACUAACGUCCAUUUUCUGGACAUGGAAAAUGGGAACAGGGAACUCGGAAUUAUUGCCUGAUUGGUCAGCCACACAAAAUAACUUUCUUGGAAACAAGAAACGCCACACACGUUCCCUGUUUGAGGUAGUUACGCCGCACCAUAAUUUUAACUCCCGAGGGAGUUAAAAUUAGCCAACAGACCGUAGGGAACGUGGAACACGGGCUCUUCGGUG